AUGGCCGCUCUACAGUACCUGGAGACACUGCGCAGCGCGCAUCCAGAACUGGACGAAUGGUACAACUCACUCGCAGAUCUGUACCAGAAGAAGCUCUGGCACCAACUCACUCUCAAACUCGAACAGUUUGUCGCUCUCGCAGUUUUUCAGGCUGGCGAUGCUCUUAUACAGUUGUAUCAAAAUUUUAUCACUGAUUUUGAGACAAAGAUCAACCUUCUCAAGCUUGCUCACUUUGCUGUUAUAGUUUCUCGGCAGUAUGCAGAGAAAGAAGCUGCCAUUAGCUAUCUUGAAGGGGUGAUUGAAAAGCUUCAAGCAACUAGAGAACAACGUAUAGAUGAACCAGUGCUUUACAUUAAGAUGCAAAUAGCCAUAUUCAAACUUGAGCAGGGGGAUCAAAAGGAGUGCAAGAAGCUUUUAGAAGAUGGAAAGAGUACCCUUGACAGUAUGACUGAUAUCGAUCCAUCUGUGUAUGCCAAUUAUUAUUGGGUUUCGUCUCAAUUCUAUAAACACCGUCAGGAAUUUGCAGAGUUCUAUAAAAGUGCUCUUCUUUAUCUGGCAUAUACAUCAGUGGAGUCCCUCUCAGAUUCAUUUAAGCUGGAUUUGGCAUUUGAUCUCUCUCUUUCUGCACUUCUGGGUGACAAUAUCUACAACUUUGGAGAGUUGCUCGCUCAUCCUAUAAUAAAGAGCCUUCUGGGUACUCAGGUUGAGUGGCUCUACUACAUUCUCCAGGCAUUUAACGCUGGUGACCUAGUUCGCUAUCAAGAAUUGUGCCGCGUACACAAUGCUGCCCUGAGGGCCCAGCCAGCAUUAGUUCAGAAUGAGCAGAAGCUAUUAGAAAAGAUUAAUAUUCUCUGCCUAAUGGAAAUUAUCUUCAGCCGUCCUUCUGAAGAUCGAACUAUUCCAUUAAAUGUUAUUUCUGAGCGCACUAAGCUUUCCAUUGAGGAUGUGGAGCAUCUUCUCAUGAAGAGCCUUUCUGUCCACCUUAUUGAGGGUAUAAUUGAUCAAGUUGAAGGAACAGUGCAUGUUUCCUGGGUACAGCCAAGAGUUCUGGGGAUUCCACAAAUCAAAUCCUUACGAGAUCGACUGGACAAUUGGUUGGAUAAAGUACACACUGCCUUGUUAUCGGUGGAGGCUGAAACUCCUGAUCUAGUUGCGUCAUGA